AUAAGAAUGGCCAAUGUGACCCGACUGUGCCAUACAAAGAGCAUUGUGACGGUCAAUGGGCAGUUUCCAGGGCCCAAGAUCGUUGCUAGAGAAGGAGACAGAGUUGUGGUUAAGGUGGUUAACCACGUUCCGUAUAAUGUCACUUUACACUGGCAUGGUGUUCGCCAGCUGCGGAGUGGAUGGGCUGACGGUCCGGCGUAUGUGACCCAAUGCCCCAUUCAGACAGGGCAGAGCUACGUGUAUAACUUCACCAUCGUCGGCCAGCGAGGGACGCUCUUCUGGCACGCACACAUCUCGUGGCUGAGGGCCACCCUCUACGGGCCCAUCAUCAUUCUCCCCGCCCGCGGCGUCCCUUACCCCUUCUCCAGACCCUACAAAGAAGUCCCCAUCAUCUUUGGGGAAUGGUGGAACGCUGACACGGAGGCAGUCAUUAGCCAGGCUCUUCAGACGGGUGGCGGUCCUAACGUCUCUGAUGCCUACACCAUCAAUGGGCUUCCUGGUCCCCUGUACAACUGCUCGGCUAAAGAUACAUUCAAGCUGAAAGUGAAGCCCGGAAAGACGUACCUUCUCCGUAUGAUCAACGCUGCACUCAACGACGAGCUCUUCUUCAGCAUUGCAAACCACACCCUCACCAUCGUGGACGUUGAUGCUGUUUAUGUGAAGCCCUUCGACACCGACACCCUCAUCAUAGCACCAGGUCAAACCACCAACGUCCUCCUCCGUACCAGGCCCAGCUUCUUCCAUUCCACCUUCCUCAUGGCUGCAAGGCCCUAUGCCACUGGAGCCGGCGCCUUCGAUAACUCUACGGUGGCUGGCUUUCUUGAGUACCAAGAUCCCAAUACUUCCUCCAGAGCAAGCUUUAGUAAGAAGCUCCCACUCUUCAGACCAACCCUCCCAUCUCUGAACGAUACGGCGUUUGUCGCAAACUUCACCAGCAGAUUACGGAGCCUGGCAACCGCUCAGUUUCCUGCCAACGUACCACAAAGUGUGGAUAGGCGAUUCUUCUUCACCGUGGGCCUUGGGACGAGCCCAUGCCCGAAGAACCAGACUUGCCAAGGGCCCAACGGCACCAAGUUCGCCGCGACCGUCAGCAAUAUAUCCUUCACGAUGCCGACCACAGCUCUCCUCCAGGCCCACUUCUUUGGGCAGUCAAGGGGCGUUUACUCCCCGGACUUCCCGUACAGUCCGCUGAUCCCAUUCAACUACACGGGGACCCCUCCCAACAACACAGCGGUGAGCAAUGGGACCAAGUUGAUGGUGCUUCCUUUCAACGCCACCGUGGAGCUUGUGAUGCAGGACACCAGCAUCCUAGGGGCGGAGAGCCACCCAUUGCACCUCCACGGCUUCAACUUCUUCGUCGUGGGGCAAGGCUCUGGCAACUACAAUCCGGCAAAGGACCCGGCCAACUUCAACCUGGUGGACCCGGCGGAGAGGAACACGGUUGGGGUGCCGGCCGGUGGGUGGGUCGCCAUCCGAUUCCGUGCUGAUAACCCUGGUGUGUGGUUCAUGCAUUGCCACCUGGAGGUACACACGAGUUGGGGUCUGAAGAUGGCGUGGUUGGUCUUGGAUGGGAGCCUCCCCAACCAGAAGCUGCCUCGUCCACCGUCCGAUCUUCCCAAAUGUUGAAAGGUCCGGAGGAGUUUCGUGGUUUGACUGCUUGGCGGAAAGGGUGCCAGUCCACGCAUCCGUUUUUGUUUGUGUUCGCGUUCUUUACUCCUUUUGGCGUGGUUUGUGGUUCCUUCACUAAUUGACGUACGGUCGAGAGUUCGUGAGAGGACAAAGCAGUUUCUUGUUUUUAUUGGCCAAGUUGGCCUGCAGGAUCCGCGUGUCAUUUUUUUUAUCAAUGACGUGGCAACUUCUAGGAUUUCACGUCAUUCAUAUUUUGUUUGUUUGAGCAAUAAAACAUGAGUGAAUUUAUAA